CAUUUUAAACCGCCACCCGCCCCUCGACCGCGGCCGGCUCAGCUGCCCGCGUCCUGAGCCCAGUGAGCGGCGGAGGCCGCGGAGUCCCCGAACUGUGCACGGGAGGCCGGGAGAUGCGCACGGGUCCCGCGCCGUAGACAAUGAAGCCGCGGGCGCCGCCGCCCGCCCUGGGCCCUGCGCGCCGCGACCGCACCUGCCGGCGAGACUGUCCCCGCGCCUGACCGCCCGCCGCUCCGACUCAUCCGGCCCGGGCGGCCCAUGGCUCGGCGCUCCGGACCCGGACCCCGGCACUUGGGCCGUGCGGCGCACGGGCUGGCGGGCACCAGGGGCGCCGUCCCCGCGGCCUGAGCGCGGCCCUUGCUGCGAGCGGGGGGCGUGGGCCCCAAUCCCGCCCGCCCGCCCCGCCUCACCCGGCUACUGCCUGGACUGCGCGGCCCGGCCCGCGGGCGCGCUGGACGCCGCGGGGUUCCGGAGGGUGGCGCGGCGACAGCGGCCCCGGGAGACAUGUACCUGCUGGACGGCAGCGGCGAGCACGCGUCGCCGCCCGCGGACGCGAUGCCGCGCGGGACGCCCCCCAGGAAGACCGUCUACCGCAUCUCCGUGACCAUGGUCAGGAAGGAGCAGCUGCCCGAGCCAGGCACCGGUGGCCCCGACCCGCGUCCCGCUCGGCGACCCCGACCCGCGCCUUCCCCGGACGCACCCGGGCGACUCGUGGAAGAGGCCGAGGAGGCUGCGGGCCCUGAGGACCUGGAGGAUUUUCAGUCUCGCUCCUGGGACUUCCGCACCUUCCGCACCCGGAGCACCGGGCAGCUGGAACUCGGCAGACUACGGCCUUGCUCACGCGGCCCCGAGUCCACGGCCCUGGAGGGCAGUCCCCCGGCCGUGGAGGGGCCCGGCUCGCCUGACCCCGGCAGCCCCGACGUGGAGGGGCCCCGGGCCGCGCCCCUGCGGCGGAGUCUCAGCUUCAGGGACUGGAGCGGGUCCGAGGCACCGCGGAGCCCGGCCCUGGGCGGCGGGAGGCGCCACAGCAGCUCUGGAAGCCUGGCAUGGCCGCUGGGCGACGAGAUCGAGGCCGACCCGGAGGCCGCCCUGGAACCCGGGACCGUUGCGCAGCCAGCCUCAGAGAAACGCAACACCCUGGAUGUCGGCGAGGUGCUUAGCAAGAACGACGCGCUCUCCGACCUGGAGCGCUGGGAACGCAGCAAGAGCAAGAACCGCACGCUGGACAACAGCGACCUGCAGCGGCUGGAGCGCGCGCGGGCCGCAGCUGCGGGCCCGGGAGCAGCCUCGGAGCACCGACUGCUGCGCUUUUUCAGUGGUAUCUUCGCGCGUAGAGACGGCGGCCCUGGCAGCGGGCCCUCCCCUCGGAGCGGUGCCUCGCGAUCUCGCGGCUACUUCAGCAGCCUGCGGCGGGCCCCAGCGGAUGCACACUCGUCCAGCGCAGAGAGCAUCGACGGGUCCCCGCGUAGAGAUGCCUUCGUGAACAGCCAGGAGUGGACACUGAGCCGAUCGGUGCCAGAGCUCAAAGUGGGGAUCGUGGGUAACCUGGCCAGCGGCAAGUCGGCCCUGGUGCACCGGUACCUGACCGGCACGUACGUCCAGGAGGAGUCUCCGGAAGAUGUGGAUGCAGGUGGCAGGUUCAAGAAAGAGAUUGUCGUUGACGGACAGAGCUAUCUGCUGCUGAUUAGAGAUGAAGGGGGCCCCCCGGAGGCGCAGUUCGCCAUGUGGGUGGACGCCGUCAUAUUUGUCUUCAGCUUGGAGGACGAGAUCAGUUUCCAGACCGUGUACCACUACUACAGCCGGAUGGCCAACUACCGGAACACCAGCGAGGUGCCGCUCGUGCUGGUGGGGACCCAGGAUGCCAUAAGUUCCACGAACCCACGGGUCAUCGACGACGCCAGGGCGCGGAAGCUCUCCAACGACCUCAAGAGGUGCACCUACUACGAGACCUGUGCCACCUACGGGCUCAACGUGGAGCGGGUCUUUCAGGAUGUUGCCCAGAAGAUUGUUGCCACAAGGAAGAAGCAGCAGCUGUCCAUAGGUCCCUGCAAGUCCCUACCCAACUCGCCCAGCCACUCCUCGGUCUGUUCUGCACAGGUGUCCGCCGUGCAUAUAAGCCAGACAAGUAACGGCGGCGGGAGUCUGAGCGACUACUCCUCCUCCGUCCCGUCGACUCCAAGCACCAGCCAGAAGGAGCUGCGGAUCGAUGUGCCUCCCACUGCCAACACCCCCACGCCUGUGCGGAAGCAGUCCAAGCGCCGGUCCAACCUCUUUACCUCUCGGAAAGGGAGCGACCCAGACAAAGAGAAGAAAGGCCUGGAGAGCCGCGCGGACAGCAUCGGGAGCGGCCGAGCCAUCCCAAUUAAACAGGGCAUGCUCUUGAAGCGAAGUGGCAAGUCACUGAACAAGGAGUGGAAGAAGAAAUAUGUCACCCUGUGUGACAACGGCGUACUGACCUAUCAUCCAAGUCUGCAUGAUUACAUGCAGAAUGUUCACGGUAAAGAGAUCGAUCUUCUGAGGACCACUGUGAAAGUCCCAGGGAAGAGGCCACCCCGAGCCACGUCGGCCUGCGCACCCAUCUCCAGCCCUAAAACCAAUGGCCUGUCCAAGGACAUGAGCAGUUUACACAUCUCACCAAAUUCAGGGAAUGUCACUAGUGCGUCUGGGUCUCAGAUGGCAAGCGGCAUCAGCCUGGUCUCCUUCAACAGCCGACCCGACGGCAUGCACCAGCGCUCCUACUCAGUCUCCAGUGCCGACCAGUGGAGUGAGGCUACGGUCAUUGCAAACUCGGCCAUCAGCAGUGACACAGGACUAGGUGACUCCGUGUGCUCCAGCCCAAGUAUCUCCAGCUCCACCAGCCCCAAGCUCGACCCGCCCCCCUCCCCUCACGCCAACAGAAAGAAGCACCGAAGGAAGAAAAGUACCAGCAACUUCAAAGCCGACGGGCUCUCUGGCACUGCUGAAGCCAAACGCAAAGCGUGGAAACUAAACCGUGUUGGUAGCCUGCGAAAUAUAUACAGCAGCAGCAGCGCCAACACCGAAGAACAAGAAGAAAACUUUGAGUUUAUCAUUGUGUCCCUCACUGGCCAGACCUGGCACUUUGAAGCCACCACAUAUGAAGAACGAGACGCGUGGGUCCAAGCCAUCGAGAGCCAGAUCCUAGCCAGCCUACAGUCCUGCGAGAGCAGCAAGAAUAAGUCUCGACUGACCAGCCAGAGUGAGGCCAUGGCCCUGCAGUCCAUCCGGAACAUCCGCGGGAACUCCCACUGUGUGGACUGCGACACCCAGAAUCCUAACUGGGCCAGUUUGAACUUAGGAGCCCUCAUGUGCAUCGAGUGCUCAGGGAUCCACCGGAAUCUGGGCACACACCUCUCCCGGGUCCGAUCACUGGACCUCGACGACUGGCCCCUCGAGCUGAUCAAGGUGAUGUCGUCCAUUGGGAACGAGCUGGCCAACAGCGUCUGGGAAGAGAGCAGCCAGGGGCGGACGAAGCCCUCCGUGGACUCCACAAGGGAGGAGAAGGAGCGGUGGAUCCGGGCCAAGUACGAGCAGAAGCUCUUCCUGGCCCCGCUGCCCUGCACCGAGCUGUCGCUGGGCCAGCACCUGCUGCGAGCCACGGCUGACGAGGACCUGCGGACAGUCAUCCUGCUGCUGGCACACGGCUCCCGGGAGGAGGUGAACGAGACCUGCGGGGAGGGAGACGGCCGCACGGCGCUGCACCUGGCCUGCCGCAAGGGCAACGUGGUCCUGGCACAGCUGCUGAUCUGGUACGGGGUGGACGUCCUGGCCCGCGACGCCCACGGAAACACGGCGCUGGCCUAUGCCCGGCAGGCGCCCAGCCAGGAGUGCGCGGAGGUUCUGCUGCAGUACGGCUGCCCCGACGAGCGCUGCGUGCUCAUGGCCACCCCCAACCUGUCCCGCAAGAACAGCAACCGCAACAACAGCAGCGGGAGGGUGCCCAGCAUCAUCUGAGGGCCACGCCAGCCCCACUCCGGCCGCCUCGCCACCCACUCUUGGAAGUCACAGCACGUGAGUCCCUCACGUCCCCUCCCUCUUCCUGGUGGUCACCUCCCGCCCACGCACCCCCAGCAACCUCCAAACCUGGACGUCCUCGAGGGUGGAAGAAGAGGCCAGGAGGCUGCAGAGGCGGUUCCUUUCCACGCGCUCCUGAGGCAGCCCAGGAGAGACCAUGGGCCUCGGCUCCUUGCUGAUAGCACACGGCGCGGGCCACCUGCCCUGGUGGCCUGUGGACAGAGCGGGGCACGGGGACAAGGGCCAGGAGGGAGGGGGUGGGAGGUGAGGAGCGGGGAGAAGGGGCAACUCCCUUAACUGGCAGUUAAGCACAUCAGUACAUUUCACCUCUACCAAACGGAGCGCUUGGAUUUCAUCUCUUCUCCGAGGAGCUUGACGGCAUAAAUCAGGAGCAAGCCCAGAGUUUGUCAGGUCUGAAGCCCCUAUGAUGGUAUGUGUCAAAUCAGUUGUAGCUAAUCUGUCCAGGGAGAAUACUGGCUUCAUUACGCUUGUAUAGUUGAGUUCUUCCAGCAUUACCGCUGUUUAAUAGGACAUGAUUACUCAUCACCGAGGAGAGAGCACAUUAGCCGAGGAGGUAGGCAGCCGCACGCUCCGGUGAUUGCCGCGAUGUGAUUGCGAUACUCCGGGACGCGGCGCAUUAUCCCGGGCAUGUUCUCCGAGUCCUCGGAGCCCUCCUUUCUAAAUUCACUGUCAUAAUUUAGUAUCUGUUUAAUUUUUCAGUCCAAAGAGAGGAAAUCAGUUGCUGAGUAUUAUUUGACUGCAGUCUCCUUGGUGCAAAAACAAAAUGGAAAAAAUAAAUAAGAAUAACUUGGAAAUUCAAAAGGAAACAGCCAGCGCGGCUGACAGCAGUUUCUUGAGUGUUUGGUAACUAAGCAAAUACACAAAAGGCUAUUUUUUUUUUCUCUGAAAGUGAGAGAGAUUUUCUGUCCUUUGGCCAAGGUGGAUGCAGUGGGCCUCGGUCACUCCCGGGCCGCGUGGCCUGCCUUACCCAGGCUUCUGUCUUAGGUCCUUAGAUAAGAUGUGUGAAAAUCUAUUUGAAUAAAAGAAGUUCAUAAAUAUGCAUUGAUUUUUGUACAGACAAAUGGCACCUCUGUUAAUUUAUAAAUUGAACUGGAUGUGAACUAAUAACGUGCAACUAGUUGAGAUAAGAGGGUUACAGAUCAUUGUACAUGGAAAAUAUUCCCAGCAGUAAACACUUCCAUUAAAGUGAUAUACAGCCUUUAAAAAGGAACAUAUCAAAAUAAGACAGUGGUACAAUUUGCUUAUUAAAAUCGGGAAAGGGAAGAAAAAAAAGACACUGGAUCAGAUUGUAUUAGGAAGGGGUGAAGGAGCGUGACUUCUUGGAAGGCAUGACGUAGAUCUGAGACCACUUUUGCCAACCAAGAGCGGGCAAAGGAUUUUCUGAACCCCAGACCUGGUAUGUGGCAAAGGCGCCUGGGGAGCAGCUGCCCAUGGUGCCGGCACGGCCCAGCUCCCGAGAACCGCGGUCAGCAUGGCUCGGGCCCUCCCGGUACUGCUGGUUUGCCAUCACAGGGGUGCGGGUGGCCUCGGACUCCGCCCCUUCAGCGUGGUGGUCAAGGACAGAAAAGCAAAUCACGAUGCACCUUAGUUACGAGGAAAGGGGCAGCUCUGCCCAGAGCCCUAGGGCCGCAUGGCAGGAAUCGAGGUCGUCACGUGGAGAGCCGGGGCUCUGAGCUGACGCAGCACAGGAAGGCAAAGCCACGUUCGCCCAGCAGCCUCCGGAGAAGUUCCUUGCUCUCAUAUAUUAAACCUUAUAUUUUGUAAAAGUUUUUCCUCUUCUUUCACUUUUUAAAAAAAAAAUUAAAGUAGCUGGGGGAGAAUAAAGCUUUACACAGAAUUUAUAUGUGGGUAAGUGUUUCACGGAGAUUUCUAAUGUUAAUUAAGCUCAGAGGAACUGACCAGUAUCCAGAACUGUCACAGGUGCAGAAAGCCACAGUUCCGAGGACCUCGACCGCUGUUCUAUAACCCCUCCAUUUGGCUUCUAAGUCUGUGUUUCAUCACUGUGUAGUUAUUUUAAAUGUGAAUAGAGAAAAAAAUGUCAUUGCCUAUUUUUGCAGCUACGUUAGCAUCCAGUCCCGCUCUGCACAUCCCCCCUUGCAGACUUCUGUAGACACAGAUAGGACAUAACCGAAACUCCUAGGCCAUCUCAUUGUAGUUGAUUCCCACUCUAGGAAUGCUUAUCAUAGUGGAACCUUCUUUUGAAAAGAAACGGAAGUCCCCGUAAGGCUUCUCUUGGGAUGCACAUGAGCGUGUACAUACUAUAUGUGUUUAUAAUAUCAUAUUCUCCCAAAUGACUUCUUGUCUCACUCCACCUUCCACAGCCCGAGUGCUGGGACCAUCCCCUCCCACCCUCCUGCCACUCCCUGCCAUGUGUGACCGCAAUGCCCUGCCAAGGCUGCUGGCUUUCUGGAGCCCAUGCUUUGGCGAUAGAAGGAAAAGCUGCAGCGGGGUUUCCAGGAUUUCUUUCCCUUUAAAGGGGAGUGGUGGCUUCUGUUCAGGUUCCAGCGUCAGACCCGGGUCCUUUCUUUGCUCCCAUUUCAAAGCUCACCAACACAGGUCUGGAUGAAGCAGGGGGCAGGGCCAGUGUUAGGAAUGAACAGUAUGGAAGGGGCUGGACCUGCAGAGUUCAUGUCCACCCCUGAAGUGACGGUGACAUGAGUAGCCACCACUGCAGAGUCCACAUGACCUUUCUGUUCCAAGUGGAACUCCCUGAGCGAGCACCAGCUGGGAGGGCCCAAGGAGCAGUCCACGCGCCUGGGGUCUAGCUGGCAGCACCACAGCGUGGCCUGGUGGUCACUACCGGGGACGUGGGAGGCACAGAGCUGGCCAGAGUUCUUCAGUAGCCAGGGGAACCUGCAGGGGAAGGGGCUACAACUCUGACCAGGGCGAGCAGACCUCAGGUGUGGGGGAGGGGAGGGCACCAAGCAUCCCAGUAAUGCCCCAGGAGCUGGGCAGCUCGGGAGGAAGGGAGAGACAGGUUCAUGAGUCUUUGGUCCCAAAAAGGUGCAGUGUCCUAUAGGUGCAGGGCAAACGGUGUUUAUGUGGCCCUGAAAGGCAGGAGAGAGCGGGCUCUUACUGAAUUCCUUUUUUUUUUUUGGUGCUGCGGGUGGAAGCCAGGGCCACACGCAUGGUCCACACACUCGGUCACUGAGCUUCACCACCAGCCAGUCACUCUUGCUCUGGGUGCCGACACGGGCACAUUCUCUGCAGGCCACCGUCUGGGCGGAGCGGCCUCUUGGACUCAGCACGGGUCCCUGUGUGCGAGCUCCCUCUGCCGAGUUCUUCCCAGCCUGAUGAGGCCUGUUGGCAUCUGUCCUCUGCCGCGCGGCGUGGACGUCCUCUGGCACCGCACGUGUGCACGCGUUCCCCGCCUCCGCGCCCGGGCUGUUACUGACGUCACUGGAAGAAUGUGGUCUGCUGAGAAAGAGCCCUGUCACGCACGUCCCCAGAGGACGCGGGCAGCCUUAGGCAGGCGCCCGGCCUCCAGCUCUGUCCUCACCUGCGGAACUUGCAGGGCGCGGGGAGGUUUCCACCCAGCAGGGGAAACGCCAGCUCACACCUGGCAGAGGGUGAUGCUCAGGAAUUGGGAGCAUUUGUCAGGAACAGAAAUGAAGUCAGCACGCACCUGGACACCUGCCCCCAGCUGGCACCAUGUCCUCAUGCCAGUGUCCUGGGAGGUGGCCGUGGCACAGGGGAGAGGCAAGGUGCCUCUGCUGAGCCCAGGUGCUCUUCCGUGGGCCCUUGAGUGUCGACAGAAGUCCCUGGACCCUGCCCACUCCCACCUCCUCGCCCCCACUGGUUGGAACGUUGCUCGUUCUCCUGGUGGUGGUCUCUAGAGGAGGGGACCGAGCGUCGCCCCAUGCCGUCCACACGUGCCGCCUCAGGCAAAGCCACCCUUCUCCCUCCCACGCCCUCCUGGUGGCAUUGGCUGGUGCUUGCGCGGUGCCCUUUCCUCCUCCCUGCCAGGAUCAGUGCUCGCUGGCGGCACCCUGGGCUGGCUGAGUGCCCUUAGGCCCCGCCACCCCUGACCCCCAAGGUGGGCUUGUGUAAGUGGAGGGCAGGCGUCCAGCUCACUGACGUGCCCACCUUCCCUGCCAAGGCCCCAGUCAGCUUGGGUCUGAACCUGGUGAAAGGGGACUCCGCAGCCCCUGCCCAAGCCGUGUCCUUGGUGCCAGGGGUCCCACCCUCCCGUCCUGCAGUUAGGGUGUUCCGGGAACCGAGGGGAAUCCGCCUCCUGGGGCAGCCCAAGCCUGGCCUCGGUGGAACUUCUCCCCAGCGGAGGUGAGACAGGGCUCGGGGUAGAGGGGCUGGGAAGGCCGGGCCCUGGCCCCCCGCGGCUCCCCCACCCCAUCUGCUCUGCUUCCAUCCCUCUCACCCCACAAGGUCGCUGAGACUUUCCUGGAACUCCCCGAGUUGUAUUUAUGGCCUUCGAGCAAACAGAUUGAAAAGCAGUCAGGAAGGAGUUCGGUAGAAAUAUGCGGGGACACAUCUUUCCUUCAAAGGGAACAGAAUUUAUCUCCACCACCCUCUCGGACUCGGGCUUCUCACAUCCUAAAGUCACAUCCGAGGUGAUUUCCACCCUCCUCCCUCACCAGAAAGCUAAGCCAGGCCUGUGCGUCCUUCGAGCAUGUCACCUGGGUCCCUAAGCAGCCCCACUGGGCCUGGCUCCCUUGCCCAGGUGUGGUGCUGGCAUGCAGCAUGGCAGGGGACCCCUGGGCCCUGCUGCACCUCCAGUUGGCCCCUCUUUUGCUUUGCGCCCUGCUUGGGUGGGUACUUGUCACUCAAGCAUCUAAAUUAGAACUUCUUCCAGUUCUGCUGGGGGUGGGGGUGGGGCUGGCUACUCCAGGUAGGUGAACUGCCAAGCCGCAGCCCUCGGACUCACUCCCGCCACUGCCGGGAGGUGACCAGCUGGACCUCAGACGUCCCUGACUAGAGAAGUCAGGCAUCAGGGCCCACGUCAUACUACAUGGGGCAAAGAUGCCAUUUAACAACUUAAACCUUAGUACCUUCCCUUUAGAGAAGCAACCCCGCCUCAAAAUUUAAAAAAAUCUUAACAGAUUCCCUGUGUAGGUUGUAAGUGCUGCUGUUUGAAUGUGGGUUUGCAGCCUGUCAGAGUUGAAGUUAGAGGUCAUUGUUCUACAUGGAUUCUCCUGGAAAGGGAUUCUGUAAGACAAGUCUUGGUCCGAGGGUUUUAAGAGCUGGUUUAGGAGUCUCAUCACGGUGACCUCCCACCUGCCGCAGCCCAGCAAAGGAUUCUUGGCAGCUUGCCCCCCGUGGUCCAUCACCAGGUCUGAUUUUGGCUUGGGGUUUGCCCCCGUCUGGGGACCUCCUCCCACCCAGUCCUGGGGUCUGGGGGUGGGCACCCAGCACUCAGCUGCCAGGGGUCCAAGGCAGGUGCCUCCCAAGUGAGAGCAAGGCUGGCUCGGGGCUGUUUGUCCGGGUGCACUGGGGGUGUCAGAUGCAGGUGGAAGAAGGGACCAAGAGGCGGAGGGCGAGGGGCAGCCGGAGCCCCUGAGUGCACCAGCCGCUGGCAGCAGCACCCGGUCAUGUUACCCCGUCUCCCCAGUGCCGGGUGGCACCUGCAGCAGCCCUGAGAGCACUGUCAGUCGACUGUGGAUCCCUCAGAGGACUCGUGCCACCUUCCCACCAGUGUAGCCCGGCACACGGGGAUCUUGGCCUGGUGCAUACACUGACCAGGCAGCCCGCUGCCCUCCGCUCAGGGACUGGCCAAAGGGUCUGCCUGCUGGUGGGUCAUCAGGGUGGGGAACAGAGAGGACCAAAGUGCCGUGAGCUGGGUCCAGUUCAGGCGGCCAGUGCUCACGCCCUGCUCACCUCUGCCAGGACGCCAGCAGGGUCCAGGCCGCCCGAGAUGGGCAGGCAGUGGUUAGACCUGCUCCAUAGUGUUGGCGGGAAAGGCCUUGAUGUGGGGGAGUCCCAGGGCCGUGGUCUCCCUCACUGCAGCCUCAGACCCGGCCUGCAGAGGGGACAGCCCAGAGGUGGCCACGGCCACCCUGGGGGGCGCCUCCUCCAUCCCACCCGCCUGCCCUGGUCCUCAUCUUGCCUGGAGCAGACCCAAGGUGACAUGGCGGCUGGUUUCCGGGUGGGAACAGGCCAGGUGGCACCUCAGCCCCUUUUGUUGCUGGCUUCUGGCCUGUAAAGAGCCGAGCGUAGCGAUGGAAGGGUGGCAGGUCCCCCCGAGACGGGUCGUUUGGGUUGUUUUUAUAUUACCUCAUUCGGCAACUUCAUGUUUCACAACGGCUCAACGACGCUUUAUUUAUAUUGUUUGUACUGUAAUUAAAACCAUUGACAGACAUUUCACUUUGCUUGUUAUUUCAUAUGAUCUCGUUUGGAUUAAAUAUGCCAGUUUGUA